CAGCUCAGACGAGUAAUACAUUGUAUAGUCUGAGGUCACAGUAUGGGUCAAUAUUUUGUCACACCCGAACCCUAAAUCGCACGGCACCUCACUGUAUGCCCACACAUGCACAAUAGGGUAUGCGCACUACUGUCACUUGUGGAUAUACUAUACUAUACUGAGAAUCAGAUAGCGUAUCAGCGCCAGUUUAUACUAUUCACGACAUUACCGGAAGUGAAGGACAUUACAUGAAUCGGGCUUCUAAGUUCUAGUACAUACUCGUAGCAUCAUAUGGUAACCGAAAUGUUUCAGUCUGUGCUUAUACUCACGACAGCUACAGUAUACGUGGUUUUUGCUGAUAUUACGAUAGAGUGUCCACAAUGCACCCACAUCUCAGCCGACCUCGAUGAUGAUUCGUGGAUUCCGUUGGCGGCCAUCAAUACAAUCCGGAAUGAAGCUUGUGUUGCAUAUCCAUUCGACCCGACCGCUGACGGUAUUAGUUUAGUCCAGUGUACAGCCGCAGUAAAUCAAGUAGCAAAGUGCGUAUCUUUCGACGGACUUGUUAAUACUGACCUCUCGAUCCUUGGCAUCGUUGCUAUGAACACACAUAUUAAGUACUGUGCUGUGGUGGACAUUGACCCGGGUAAUGUGUGUGAACAUACUGAAGGAGACGAGAACAGUGGUACAGAUCUAUCACAACAAAUUACCCAGGCUAUGUCAAUCCUCAACUUCCUUGGAGAUGAUUCAUUUUCUGGUCGCCUGUGUUAUUCAGAUGGAUUCCGUCAGCCAGAUUACAAAACUAUUACUUGUCCUCAGUGUGGCCACAUAACCACAGAUGCCACCUCUAUUCCAUCCGCGCUACUUGCCCUUUUUCAGAACGAAGCGUGCGUUGCCGUGCCUUUCGACGCCAGCGCUGAGGGCAUCGACGAAGUGCAGUGCACACCGAUGGGAAACCAAGUGGCAAAAUGUGUAUCAUUUGAUGGAGAAGUUGACGCAAGCUUAAUUGUUUUCAAAGAGUUCUGA